AUGCCAUUCAAGCCCCAAGACCAGGCUAGGUGCCCCAAAUGCAGCAAGGCUGUGUACGCAGCCGAAGAGAGACUGGCUGGGGGCAUGAAGUUCCACAAGGCCUGUUUCAAAUGUGGACUGUGUCAAAAGUACCUAGAGAGCACAAACGUUACAGAACAUGGCGGGGACAUCUACUGCAAGAGUUGCCAUGGUAAAAAGUUUGGACCUAAGGGUUAUGGUUUCGGAAGUGGGGCUGGAACUUUGGGAAUGGACACCGGUGAACGAUUUGGAAACACUGAAAGUGAAAUGAGCAACCGACCAACUGGUGAUGCCUUUACUGCUGUCAAAGUUGCAAGUGGUGGAGCUAGCACAGGCCCAAAGUGUCCACGCUGUGGCAAGACAGUGUAUGAUGCUGAAAAAGCUAUUGGAGUCUCCACGCCCUGGCACAAAUCCUGUUUUAACUGCAAGAGCUGUAAAAAGUCUGUGGAUUCUAGCACCAUGGCCAUGCAUGAUGCUGAAGUAUACUGCAAAACUUGUUAUGGAAGGAACUUUGGACCCAAAGGUUUUGGUUUCGGACAAGGGGCUGGCACUCUUUCUAUGGGAUAA